UGGGGCAAAUCUUAUUCUAGCGGAAAUAAGUCGGUUCUGAAAGUGUAAGGAGGAGGAAGAGUGUUUUUGUGACACCGCUGGCAGCACAUUAGGGGAUGGGAGUCUGAAGAGACUCUCGGAAAGGACCCAUAUCUCGGUGACACCUCUGACACUCUCUGAGGGAGGGAAGCGUGUCAGUGUGGCACGGGUGCACGCUGAAGAAGCGGGUGGGUUUGGGUGACCAUGGGGAUGUGGGCAUCGCUGGACGCUAUGUGGGACUUCCCUGCGGAGAAGCGAAUCUUCGGGGCGGUGUUGCUCUUUUCCUGGACCGUGUAUCUUUGGGAGACCUUCCUAGCACAGCGGCAGAGAAGGAUAUACAAAACGACGACUCAUGUGCCACCAGAGUUGGAACAGAUCAUGGAUUCGGACACAUUUGAGAAGUCUCGACUGUAUCAACUAGACAAAAGUACAUUCAGUUUCUGGUCAGGGCUCUAUUCCGAGGUGGAAGGCACUUUUAUUCUUCUCUUUGGAGGAAUCCCUUACCUCUGGAGACUUUCUGGACGGUUCUGUGGUUCUGCUGGCUUUGGACCAGAAUAUGAGAUCAUUCAGUCUUUGGUGUUCCUGCUGUUUGCCACACUCUUCAGUGCACUGACUGGCUUGCCAUGGAGUCUGUAUAAUACUUUUGUGAUAGAAGAAAAACACGGCUUCAAUCACCAGACUUUGGAGUUUUUUAUGAAAGACGCAAUCAAAAAAUUUAUUGUGACUCAAUGUAUUUUAUUGCCUGUGUCUUCCCUUCUGCUUUACAUUAUUAAAAUUGGAGGUGACUACUUUUUUAUUUAUGCUUGGCUGUUCACAUUAGUUGUUUCUCUGGUUCUUGUCACGAUUUAUGCUGAUUAUAUUGCCCCUUUAUUUGACAAAUUUACACCUCUACCGGAAGGAAAGCUUAAACAGGAAAUUGAAGUGAUGGCAAAGAGUAUUGACUUCCCUUUGACUAAGGUGUAUGUUGUUGAAGGAUCUAAGCGCUCUUCCCACAGCAAUGCUUACUUUUAUGGCUUCUUCAAGAACAAGAGAAUAGUUUUGUUUGACACUCUACUAGAGGAGUACUCUAUACCAAACAAAGACAACCAGGAGGAGGCUGGCAUGGAACCCCGAAAUGAUGGCGAAGGGGACAGUGAAGAAGUAAAAGCUAAAGUGAAAAAUAAGAAACAAGGAUGUAAAAAUGAGGAAGUGCUGGCUGUACUUGGCCACGAACUGGGGCAUUGGAAGCUGGGACACACAGUAAAGAAUAUCAUUAUUAGUCAGAUGAAUUCUUUCCUGUGCUUUUUCUUGUUUGCUGUAUUAAUUGGUCAAAGAGAACUUUUUGCCGCCUUUGGUUUCUAUGACAGCCAACCCACUCUGAUUGGACUUUUGAUCAUCUUUCAGUUUAUUUUCUCACCUUACAAUGAGGUCCUGUCUUUCUGUCUAACAGUCCUGAGCCGCAGAUUUGAGUUUCAAGCCGACGCCUUUGCCAAGAAGCUUGGGAAGGCUAAAGACUUAUACUCUGCUUUGAUCAAGCUAAACAAAGAUAACCUGGGAUUCCCGGUUUCCGACUGGUUGUUUUCAACGUGGCACUAUUCGCACCCUCCUCUUCUGGAGAGGCUUCAGGCUUUAAAAGACACAAAACAAGACUGAGCCAGCAGCUCAGGUUCCGUGACUGGACACACUUCCGGUUAUUUCUGUCCUGGCAGCAUGUUCCAGCUCUUGAUGUUUUUAAUUUUUUAAGAGAAAUGAUUAAGUACAUAAAAGUCCAGACUUAAAUACAUUUACUAUCUCAUUUCAAAAAUGAUUUUAAUAAUCCAUUUCUUAAAACACUGGAUACAAUUUUGAGGCUUAAUAUUUUUAAAGCAUAGUUUUAUCUAGCAUCUGGUUCACCAUCAAUUUGUAAAAUCAUUUAAGGAAAUGCACAGCUCAUUUUAUUUCCUCACUGUGUGGAG